AUGUCAAAUCAAAAUGUAGUUUACUGUGUGACCUGUGUGACUCUGUGGUCAUGUCAUAAUAACUACUACUACUGCAGUGUGUACUGUGUGGCUGUGUGCUUGCCGAAAUCUAACAGUUAUCAAGUCAAAAUGUCCAAUGCAAUUUGUCAAGGUUUGCGAUCUCCAAUCAGACGACUGGCAAGCCUUAAGAGGGCACUUCCUAUAUCUACAUCUAUUGUCCACAAUGAGACUAUAUUAGUUAAAAAUAAUGACGAAUUUGUAAAUAAGGUAAUGAACAAUGAUAAGCCGGUUAUAAUCAACUUCCAUGCGGACUGGUGCGAGCCGUGCAAGAUACUAACUCCUAAACUAAAAGAGUUGAUCGAACCGCUGAGUAACUUGGAUCUGGCGGUAGUCGAUGUAGAAGAUAAUGCUGACUUAGUACAUACGUUUGAGGUAAAAGCAGUUCCUGCUGUAAUAGCAAUAAAAAAUGGUUUAAUAGUGGACAAAUUCAUCGGUCUCGUCGACGCAGACAUGAUUACAGGCCUCAUAGACCGGAUGUCCGGUAAGAAUAAGCAAAACACGUAA